AUGAUACCAAAGGGGUCUUUAUUUCCAGUACGCAUGUGGUAUGCUACUUUCAGGAUUUUAGAAGAUGUCUUAUUAUCUGUUAGAGACAUGAAGAAAGGGGUGUCUAUACAUAUUUUGCGACAGUCUACAGCAUCUGGGGCGUCACCAAUUGAGCUAUUCAUCUCGAUGGCGAAUGUGGUGAGGAUCAUUCAGCGUGUGGUACCUCCAUACUGCAAGAUUGUCAACGAUUCGAAGGAGAUUAUUCAACAUUGUGUCUCGAAAUUCAUUGGCCUGAUAACUGCCAAAGCUAACCUGCUUUGUCAAAGCGAGAGUCGUAAGAUGAUUACCGCCGAUGAUAUUCUACGGGCUAUGACCACACUAGGGUUUGAUAAAUAUGUUAACGCACUUUCCCUUUACAUUUCCCGUUAUCGUGAGGCGGAGUCAUUGGGGAUGGUCGUCUCGAUGAGACGUCCAUAA